AAGCAGAAACCAAAAAUAAUCCAAAUAUCAAAAAACCAAAAACAGAACCUAGAAACCACACCAAAAAAAAAAAAGCUAUUUCAUCAAACAAACAAAACUCACAUCACAAAUCAGAAACAAACAAAAAAGAAACGCAGUACUAAAGAAAAAAAUUAUAAACAAGAAUCAUCGAAAAGAAGAAUCGAAAUCAUCAACAUAUUUUGUUUCUCUUCUUCUUUUAUUUUUAUAAAAUAUAAAUUAGUUCUUUGAUAAAAUCUGUAGAAGAUAAAGAAUUCUUCUUUAGAAACAAAGAAAAAUGACGGACCCCCACACCGCCCGGACGAUCGUCGGAAUCGUUGGAAACGUGAUUUCUUUCGGCUUGUUCUGCGCUCCAAUACCAACGAUGGUGAAGAUAUGGAAGAUGAAAUCGGUCUCCGAGUUUAAGCCAGAUCCAUACGUAGCUACGGUUUUAAACUGCAUGAUGUGGACAUUUUACGGACUUCCUUUCGUCCAGCCCGACAGUCUCCUCGUCAUCACCAUUAAUGGAACUGGUCUUUUCAUGGAACUCGUUUACGUCACCAUCUUCUUUGUCUUCGCUACCUCCCCUGUCCGCAGAAAGAUCACAAUAGCUAUGGUUAUCGAGGUAAUAUUCAUGGCGGUGGUGAUCUUCUGCACAAUGUAUUUUUUGCAUACAACAAAGCAGAGAUCAAUGCUUAUUGGGAUCUUGUGCAUUGUUUUCAACGUCAUCAUGUAUGCUGCUCCUCUCACCGUCAUGAAACUUGUGAUAAAGACAAAGAGCGUGAAAUACAUGCCGUUCUUCCUAUCAUUAGCCAACUUCAUGAACGGUGUCGUUUGGGUCAUUUAUGCAUGUCUUAAAUUUGACCCUUAUAUUUUGGUAAACCCUCAUAUAUAUCUUUAUUGUUUGGAACUCAAAUCCCUACAUCUCAAAAAGGACUAAUUAUCUUCCAUGCAUGAAAACAGAUUCCAAAUGGUCUUGGAUCGCUAUCAGGAAUAAUCCAGCUUAUAAUAUACAUAACUUACUAUAAAACAACUAACUGGAACGAUGACGAUGAAGAUAAAGAAAAGCGCUAUUCGAAUGCUGGAAUCGAACUUGGCCAGGCUUGAUAGUUUCAGCUAUUUCAUCGUCUACGGUGCUUCAUCGAUAGGUUAAGAUAGAAUCAGAAGUGAGGUGAAGUUCUUAUUACUAUUAUUUUGUGUAAGCCUAUGUAGAAAAAAAAUGAACAAGUGGAACCCUUAAGUUAUGAAGUUUCUUGUGUAUGAAGAAAUGGGUUUUCAGUUUUUUUUUUUGGAAAUGAUUGUAACUUUCGCAAGUUGAAUCUAUGUACGUUGUUACAAUUUUAGUUUUAAUCGAAGUUUAUUAGAUUACUUUU